AUGGAGCACGAACUCAAACCUCAACAGCCUGAGAAUAGUAUUGCAUCUAUUGCAGGAUGGCGCAAGUCAAUUCUACUAUUCAUCUUCUGCUUUGCUCAAUUUCUCGACGCGUUCAACAAUUCCGCCCUUUUCGCUGCUAUCCCGCCGAUAUCCGCUGCUAUUGGAAUCAGUGACAGCAACUCCGUGUGGUUGAUCAGCGCAUACCAGCUGACUUUUGCUGCUCUUCUACUGACGACCGGUCGGUUAAGCGACCUCUACAAUCCUAAAUGGGCCUUCAUUUUCGGAUUAUUGUUGAUGUCUUUUUCUUCCCUUGGAUGCGGAUUCGUGCGCUCCCAAGUGCCUUUGAUUAUCCUAAGAGCGAUAAUGGGGAUUGGAGCGGCUCUAAAUAUUCCGUCCGCAUUGGCCAUGAUUAUUGGUAUGUACCCAGACCCAACUGCUCAAGGAAAGGCACUCGGCGGCUUCGCAGCAUCUGCAACUAUCGGAAACGUCACUGGUCUCUUUAUCGGUGCAGCUCUAGCCGCAUUCGUGUCCUGGACAUGGAUAUUCUACCUCAUCACCAUUCUGAGUUUUGUUAUGGCUGCAGCUGUCCUUGUCAUCAUGCCACUCCAUAUCUCGUUUAUAGACGGCCUCAGUUUAUCCCAAGGCGAGAGAUUCAAGCGACUUGAUCUUGUUGGUGUUUCCACUUUGACAGUCUCGCUCGUGUUGCUCGUCUACUCUGUCACAACUGGUUCGAUAGAUGGCUGGGGAGAGGCCAAAGUUCUCGUACCCCUCAUACUCUUCUUCGUGCUGGUUGUCGCAUUUUUCCAGUGGGAAGGUCGCAUUCCGGAACAUAUCGCUGCCGUACCACCUAAGAUGUGGAGAUAUCAGAACUUCACAAUUUUGAUUAUUUUGUCCUUGCAGCCAUUCAUGUUUUGGGUCGCAACCCAACUUUUACUUUCUUGGUAUUGGCAAUUCAUCUUCGAUUGGUCAACGAUCGAUGUUGCUAUACAUUUCUUACCACUGGGAGUCAUCUCAUUCCCAAUGAUCGCGGUUGCAAUAGUUCUCCAAAAAAAUUUCUCCCUCAAAUGGGUUAUUCUAAUGGGCGAAAUUCUCGUCAUUGCGGGAACUUUAUUGCUUCCGUUUGCUGAUUCGAAACCACAUUACUGGAGGUACGCCUUCCCUGGCUUUGUCCUUGGCUCAGCAGGAACGACGGUCGUGUACGCCACCACAAACAUCGCGUUGUUCGCUGUUACUCCACCUGAAGUCGCUGGUAUCGUUGGAGCCAUUUUCAAUUGCGCCCUUCAACUGGGUGCGGCAGCAGGGUCGGCGAUUAUCACUUCCAUCCAAACAUCGACCGAGAAAAAUCAUGGCGGAACAAGUUCAUUCGAAGGUCGUGCGGCUGGCUUCUGGUUUAUGUUUACUUUCACAGCCUUAGAGGCUAUUGGGGUUGCAAUUUUCAUGAAGAACACCGUGCCUGCGCUCAAAGCCCAAAAUCAAGGUGGAGGUGAUCAGAAGGAGCAACAGACUGAGAGUGCUUGA